AUGUCCCAAACUUCCCCUCCAAAGCCAUCACGAUCACUUCGACCUCGUAUUCGUACUUUGAAAGAAUUGGAUGGCAAUUUGCCCAGAACAAGAAAUCAAGCAGAAUCUAACCAUGAUAACCAAAAUAGCUGGGAUGAUUGGGUACCUCAAGAUCGAGUAAUGAAGUUUAAUGACGAUAAUAAAGAGCUCGCCGCUCAACUUCAUCAAGAGAUGAAGAAAAUGAGCCAGAAGCCUAAGUCCGCAACUUCAGCAGGUGGUAAGAAAAUUGGUGGACGAACAAAUGGAUCGGACUUUGGUUCAGGUCGUGGUAGUGAAGAACGACAUGCCAGUGUGGCAGCUCAAGGAGGUGGAAGAGGUGGUCCAAGAAGAAAUCGUGAUUAUGAUUUGGAACAAGUAAGUUUGAUUCAUUUCUAUUAA